AUGGCGAGAUACCCUGCGCGCGCCAAGCAAGGCAACAACAGCAAUGUUGGCAACAACAACAAUGGCAUGCCCGCGCCGAAGAACGAGGCCGUACCGGAGCCGGCCAAAACCAGACCCAGCACCACUUCCAUCGGCAUCACCAAGGAGAUCUCCAAGAAGGCGGACAUCAUAGCCGCCGUCCGCGCCGCUGCCACACCGCUCCCUUCGUGGUGUGUCCACUGUUUGACCAACGGUUACAAUUGCGUGGCCCCCGCCGCCGGCAGUGCGGCUACCUCUUGUCUGGCGUGCCAAUACGCCCAAAAAUCGUGCAAGGCCACACCUGCCUGGUUCUUCAGUUGUCGACCUCGUGCCCGACCCGUAGAACUUCCUGCCGCCCGAAUAAUGGAGACCGCCGAGCGUUAG